GCCUUCGUUGUUGGGUUGCUUUCGUCGUUCGUGGAUCCGCCGCCAUCUGACCCGGCGCUGCUCUCCCCACCAUGCCGCCCAAGUUCGAUCCCAACGAAAUCAAAGUCGUGUUCCUGAGAUGCACUGGCGGGGAAGUUGGAGCAACAUCUGCUCUGGCUCCCAAAAUUGGUCCUUUGGGUUUGUCUCCAAAGAAGGUGGGAGAUGACAUUGCCAAGGCCACUGGUGACUGGAAGGGGCUAAGGAUCACCGUGAAGCUGACUAUCCAGAACAGGCAAGCACAGAUUGAGGUUGUACCAUCAGCCUCUGCUUUGAUUAUCAAAGCUCUGAAGGAGCCUCCUCGUGAUCGCAAGAAGCAGAAGAACAUUAAACACAGUGGCAGCGUUAGCUUCGAUGAGAUUAUCAACAUCGCCCGGCAGAUGAGACAUCGGUCCUUGGCCCGGGAACUCUCCGGGACUAUUAAGGAAAUCCUGGGAACUGCUCAGUCUGUUGGCUGCAGCGUUGACGGAAGACACCCGCAUGACAUCAUCGAUGACAUCAAUAGCGGUGCGAUUGAAUGCCCGGCGAGCUAAGGCCACCACCUAAAUGGACUGGAUGCAACUAUUUUCCUGUUCUUGUACGAUAAAUGUAGUUUGUUUGGCUGAUGCCAUAAAGGAUGGAGUCCUUCCUCAGGCAGAUUUUCCUCACCCCCUCUCCGGUUUUGACUCUUAGGGCCUGAUUCCAUCACAGUCCCUUUGGCGUGUUGAAAGGGUUGUGUAUGCAUUUCAAAAAUAAAAAAAAUUGCACCAGGUUAACUCA